ACUGGUCCUCGGAUCCAAAAGGAGGCUGCAAUGGCGGCGGAACCUUCGACGGCUGGACUCGCCCCGGCUUGCUAUCCGCAGAUGCGGCGGCAGAGUUGGCCCUGUGGCGCCGCGGAGAUUCAGUGCACUCAGUGUGGAAGAAGGGCGACCAGAGGUCACCACUAUGAACUUCAGUGUGGACAUGCUUUUUGUGAACUGUGUUUGUUAAUAACUGAGGAAUACAACACAAUUACAUGCCCCAAUUGUGAGGUUGCUACAACUACAAAUUGGAGACAAGGAUAUUACCCAACAGAUGGGUGUAUUAAAGAAGAUUCUUUUAUGGAAAAAAAGCAGCCUAAAAAGAAAAAGAAUUAUUCUCAGAGCCUUAAGAAAACUGCUGAUCAGGUCAUUGUUGAUUCAGAAUAUUCUGCCUCCAUUUGCAGGACUGUUUUGAACCCAUCAACUAUAAUGACGGAGAGCAAAACUGCUGAAGAAAUUGAUGAAGCAUUGAUGAUAGCAGGUUAUAAUCUUGAACAAUUAAAUGUUGCUGUAAAAGUCCUUGAACACAUGCACAAUCAAACAAAAGAAGAGACCUUCAGUCUUAUAGAAAGUCUGGAGAAACAGUUUGAUCAGCUUUUUACUUCUCUUGAUUCCAGGAAAAAGAACCUGUGUGAAGAAGUAGUAAGAACUAGAGAUGAUUAUUUAUCAAGUGUAGUAAUGACCAAAAGCUCCAUUGAAGAGAAGAAAAAUGAUUUGGAUGCAGCAAUGAAGAUAGCAAAAGAGUUAAAAUCAGCACCUUCUCUAAGAACAUAUUGUGACCUGAAUCAGAUUAUCCGGAAUUUGAAAUCAACAUUUGAGAGUGAAUUGUCGCAAGUCAGCUCUCUAAAAUUAAAAUGUUCUCCCAAGUUGAAUAUGAAUUGCAGUGAGAUCAUCUGUAUGUUUAAUAAUAUGGGAAAGAUUGAAUUUGAGGAUUCAACAAAAUGUAAUUCCCAUGAAAAUGAAAUUGGACAGAGUGUUCAAAAGAAAUAUAAAAAGGAAUUUUCUUGUCCUGACACCUACCCAUCGCCUCAAAAGAAAAAUGUUGAUAUGUCUGUUCUAACUGAUGAAGCCCCACCAGCUCCCUUGCAACAGGAAACCAGUAAUGCACAUUUAGAAGCAAAAAUAUUCCAACCACAGAAAGAGGAUGUUGUAAUAACAUUCCCUAAAACUGUUGCAGCUCUGCCUCAGACGGGAUCUAGCCCUGAUGUGAUAAUUGAAGAAAUUAUUGAAGAAAACCUGGAAAAUGAUCUUGUGGAGACACCUAGACAUUUCUCAAAAAUGCCUCUUGAGAAAAAACUAUCUAUUCCUUUUGGAUCAAAAGCAGGUUCUCCAGAGCUAGUUUUUGUAAGCCAUGUGGUACAUCCUUGUCACUUCUACAUUCGAAAAUAUGCACAAAUAAAAAAUGUAACAAUAUUGGAAAAGAAGGUGAAUCAGUUUUGCAAUGAGAGUUUACACCUUGAUCCUUCAGACAUUUUGGAGCUAGGUGCAAGAAUAUUUGUCAACAGUACUGAAAAUGGAAUGUGGUGUCGAGGAACUAUCACUGAAUUAAUUCCAAAAGGAAGUGAAAAUACUAGAAAACUUAGUACUUCAACAAAAUUCUCAGUCCGUGAAGUUGCACUAAUACAAAUAUUCAUGGUAGAUUUUGGAAAUUCUGAAGUCCUAAUUGUCACAGGAGUUGGUGAUACUCAUGUGAGAUCAGAACACAUUGCUGAGCAUCAUAUAGUGCUAAAUGACUUAUGUCUGGUUCUAAGGAAGUCUGAACCACAUAUUGAAGUACUCCUGAAAGACAUUCAACCAUUAGCACAACUCUGCUCGUUGAAAGACAUUGUUCCACAGAAUUCAAAUGAAGGAUGGGGAGAAGAUGCUAAAGUAGAAUUUUUGAAAAUGGUAAAUAACAAGGCUGUUUUAAUGAAAGUUUUUAGAGAAGAAGAUGGUGUACUUAUUGUAGAUCUGCAGAAACCACCAACAAAUAAAAUAAGCAGUGAUAUGCCUGUGUCUCUUAGAGAUGCAUUAGUUUUUAUGGAACUAGCAAGGUUUAGAUCACAGUCCCCAAGAAGUCACUCUGGAAAAAAUACAGCUUUACACUAUCAUCCACCUAUUUUGCCUAAAGAAAUGACAGAUGUCUCAGUUAUGGUUUGCCACAUAAAUAGCCCUAGUGAUUUUUAUCUUCAAUUGAUAGAGAGUCUAGAUUUUUUAUUUCUACUAAAGACAAUUGAGGAAUUCUAUAAAAGUGAAGAUGGGGAAAAUCUGGAAAUCCUCUGCCCAGUUCACAAUCAAGCCUGUGUUGCUAAAUUUGAAGAUGGAGUUUGGUAUCGAGCAAAAGUUGUUGGCUUGCCAGGACAUCGGGAAGUUGAAGUUAAAUAUGUGGACUUUGGCAAUACUGCAAAAAUAACAGUUAAAGACAUGCGUAAAAUAAAGGAUGAGUUUCUGAGUCCCCCUGAGAAGGCAAUUAAAUGUAAGCUAGCCUAUAUUGAACCAUGUAAAAGGACAAUGCAGUGGCCAAAAAAAUCUAAAGAAAAAUUUGAAGAAAAGACUCAAGAUAAAUUUAUGACUUGUUCAGUCAUUAAAAUUCUGGAAGAUAAUGUGCUCUUAGUUGAGCUUUUUGAUUCUCUUGGUGCUCCUGGGAUGACUCCUACUAGUAUUAAUGACCAGCUAGUCAAAGAAGGCCUAGCAUCUUAUGAAACAGGAUAUUCCUGCAAAAAUAAUUCCAAAAAGCAUAUUGAAGUAUGGGACCCUUCUCCAGAAGAAAUUAUUUCCAAUGAAGUAAACAACUUUAACCCUGUGUCUGCAAAAUCUCUACCUAAUGAGAAUCUUCAGUCACUAUACAAUAAGGAGCUCCCUGUGCAUAUCUGUAAUGUAGUAUCUCCUGAGAAGAUUUAUGUUCAGUGGUUAUUAACAGAAAACUUACUUAAUAGUUUAGAAGAAAAGAUGGUUGCUGCUUAUGAAAACUCAAAAUGGGAACCUGUUAAAUGGGAAAAUGAUAUGCACUGUGCUGUUAAGAUCCCAGAUAAAAAUCAGUGGCGAAGAGGUCAAAUAAUCAGAAUGGUUACAGACACAUUGGUAGAGGUCUUGCUGUAUGAUGUGGGUGUUGAACUACUAGUGAAUAUUAACUGUUUAAGAGAACUUCAAGAAAACCUGAAGACAAUGGGAAGAUUAUCUUUGGAAUGCUCUCUUGUUGAUAUAAGACCAACUGGUGGGAGUGACAAAUGGACAGCUACAGCUUGUGACUGCCUUUCACUGUACCUAACUGGAGCUGUUGCAACUAUAAUCUUACAGGAAAACAACACAUCAUGGCCAUUACCUGUGAAAAUUUUCUGCAGAGAUGAAAAAGGAGAGCGUGUUGAUGUUUCUAAAUAUUUGAUUAAAAAGGGUUUGGCUCUGAGAGAAAAGAGAAUUAAUAAAUUAGAAAAUAGCCAUGCCUUAUUUGAAAAGUCUCUGGAAAUUCCCCUGGAACAAGAAGACUCAAUGAUUUCUAAGUGUAUUAAAAUUAAAUUUGACCCUGACAAAACUGCUGAUAAUAUCAGUGAGCAGAUGGUGUCUGAAAUUAAGGGGGAAAAUGUAGAACCAAGAACUAUUGGAUGUUAUAAACCACCAGCUAUUCCCAACAUGAAAGUAUUUGAGGCAAUAGUCAGUUGCAUUGGUGAUGAUGGAACUAUAUUUGCAAUACCUAAAUUUUCAGAAUUUGAGCUAAUAAAAAUGAUGAAUGAAAUACAAAGUAGCUUAAAAUGCCUUGGUCUUUUGGAGCCUUAUUUCUGGAAAAAAGGAGAGGCCUGUGCUAUAAGAGGAUCAGAUACUAUGUGGUAUCGAGGCAAAGUAAUGGAAGUUGUUGGCGGCACUAUCAGGGUACAGUAUUUAGAUCAUGGAUUCACUGAGAAGAUUCCACAAUGUCAUCUUUACCCUAUUUUGCUUUACCCUGAUACACCCCAGUUUUGUAUACCUUGUCAGCUCUAUAAUACUGUACCUGUUGGAAAUGUCUGGCAACCAGAUGCAGUAGAACUCCUGCAAGAACUGCUUUCAAAAAGAGAGGUGGAAAUUCACAUUAUGGAAUUACCUGAAAAUCCAUGGGGGAAAUUAUCUGUUCAUCUCUAUUUUGAUGGAAUGUCACUUUCUUACUUUAUGGUCCAUCAUAAAUAUUGUACUGUUGAACAUUCUGAGGAAAUUUUGAAAGAAAAACCAACAAAUUACAAUAAAAAGUAUGAGGAAGAAAGAUGGGAAAUAAGGUUUGAGGAAUUGCUUUUGUCUGAAACAGAGACUCCUAUUUUACCACCAUAUUUGUCUUCAUCUCUGCCUCCCCCAGAAGAACUUUAUGCUGUUCAAGUUAAGCAUGUUGUAUCACCUAAUGAAGUGUAUAUUUGCCUUGAUUCUGUAGAAAACUGUAAUCUGUUUAGCCAACAUAGUGACACAGAUGACAGUGGAGUCAGUUGGGAAUCCGAGUUUGAGAGCCUUGAUGAAGCCUUGCGGAUGUUUAAUAAGAACGUGGAGACAUUUCCUCCUCUGACAGAUUUCAGGACAGAAAUGCCUUGCCUUGCAGAAUAUGAUGACGGCCUGUGGUAUAGAGCAAAGAUUGUUUCCAUUAAAGAAUUUAAUCCUCUAGCUGUCCUGGUACAAUUUGUUGAUUACGGAUCAACUGAAAAGCUGACAAUAAACAGACUGCGUCAAAUUCCUCUUCACCUUAUGCAGUAUCCAGCCCGAGCCAUAAAGGUUCUCUUGGCAGGGUUUAAACCGCCAUUAAGAGAUUCAGGAAAGACAAGAAUACCAUAUUGUCCCAAAUGGAGCAUGGAAGCAUUGUGGGCUAUGAUAGACUGUCUUCAAGGAAAGCAACUUUAUGCUUCUACAAUAGCUCAGGCACCAGAACAAAUAGUGACUUUAUAUGAAGAUGAUCAAUAUCCAGUUCAUAUGUCACUAGUAGAAAUGGGGCUUGCAGACCAAGAUGAAUAAUGUAUACAGUACAGAGCAUCCCAGAAGCAUUUCAGAUACACAGUACAGUAGCAGCCCAGAAGAAAGUUUUUUUGUUACAUUUAGACCAUUUCAAAGUUAUUUUUCUUGACUACUUCUGCAGUGGUGCUCUUUUUUUUUUCUUUCUAAUUUUUAG